AUGAUUCCAGAUGAACAAGCUUCAAUUUACAACCAGAUUGUUGAAGCUGUUAAUAAAGAUGAAGGUGAUAUGUUUUUUCUCUAUGGAUAUGGAGGUACAGGAAAAACAUACAUUUGGAAAACACUUGCAAGUUCACUGAGAGCUGACAAUAAAAUUGUAAUAAUGAUAGCCUCUAGCGGCAUAGCUUCUCUGCUAUUGCCUGGAGGUAGAACUGCACAUUCAAAAUUUAAAAUUCCAGUUCCAGUUUUUGAAGACUCAACUUGCAAUAUCCAUCAAGGAACUCAAUUAGCUGAACUAUUAAAUCAGACAAGUCUAAUCAUUUGGGAUGAAGCACCCACGACUCACAAAUUCUGUUUUGAGGCACUUGAUCACAGUCUUAGAGAUAUCAUCAAACACAACUCAAAGGACAGUAAAAUCUUUGGAGGUAAAGUCAUGGUCUUUGGUGAAGAUUUCUGGCAGAUCCUGCCAGUCAUUCCAAGAGGCAGCCACUCUGAUAUUGUUAACGCAACAAUUAAUUCCUCUUAUCUAUGGGAUCACUAUCAGAUCUUGAGACUGACAAAAAAUGUGUGUUUACAAAACAACAUGCAAGCAACAAAUCAAGAAGAAACUGCAGCUUUUGCACAGUGGAUUAUAGAUAUUGGUGAUGAUAUUAUUGGAGAUGAAAAUGAUGGCUAUGCUACUAUUGAAAUUCCACAGGAACUAUUAAUCACAGAAUAUAAUGAUCCUAUUCAUAGUAUAAUUAGCUCUACAUUUCCAGAUCUAUCUCAUCAUCACAAUGAUCCUGAAUACUUCCAAACCAGAGCAAUAUUAGCUUCCACAAAUGAAAUAGUGCAACAAGUUAAUGAUUAUAUGCUUACAAUGAUACCGGGUAAUCAUAUAUUGAGAUUGCCUGCUAUCAGACAACCAUUGAUAUUGCAAUUUAAAGCUGCCUUCCAUUGUGACAAGGACGCCAUAGAAAUACCAGGCUUCUAUCGGCGCCAAUGGCUACCAAAUUAUCCUAAAAUUGUUGAAUUUAAGUAUGAUGGGGAAACCUAUGAAAUUCAAGUCAGACAACACAAAGGCAAACUUUACUUUGCUGAUGGCCUAACAAGAUUGAGGACAGAACUGCAGAUUUAUGAAUCUGUCAUGAUAAAUUUCCUGGCCUACGACCACCCUUCAAAAUUUUACCUCCACUUCACUCCACCAUUAGACCAGUAG